AACGAAACUCGAGCAAUUCCUCCUUUUUCUUUUUUUUUUUCUCCUUAGCAGUGAAGUCAGAAGAUAUACUCGUUUAGCCGAGCAGAUGCUGAGGAUUUCGACAACGGUUGGCUUUCACUUAUGAAUUGAGGAAUCUCGUUGGAACUUGGAAGUCCGAUCUCUUUGAAUUUUCAUCUUAUUUUGUUUCCCCCUUUUGUUCUCCAACUUCUUACUGAAACGAACCAGAGUUGGAUGAAACAUCCAGUGGAACUCGUUUUGGUAUUUUGUUAGGGGAAAGAAACAAGGUACAAUAUGACUGCGGCUCAAGACCCAUUUUACACUGUUAAAGAGGAGAUUCAGGAAUCUAUUGAUAAACUACAAUCUAUAUUUCAUCAAUGGGAACAUGUACGUUUGAAUAAAGGAGAGCACAUCCAUCUCAUGAAGGAGUUGUUUGUUGGAUGUGAAAGCAUUGAAUGGCAGGUGGAUGAAUUAGACAAGGCAAUAGCAGUUGCAGCCAGAGAUCCAACUAGGUAUGGCAUUGAUGAAGCAGAGCUUGAAAAACGGAGGAGUUGGACUAGCACCACUCGUACACAGGUGCGCAAUGUGAAGAAAACUGUAGAAGCUGGGAAGGAACAGAAUAGUAGAGCCACUGGUACUUUGAAUGGGAAUCGACAAGAGCUAAUGAGGCUUCCAGAUGAUUAUUCUUAUAAGAAAGCCGGAUCCAACCAGUAUACAGUCCAAGGAGAUGAUGAUUUCAUAUCAUCAGAAUCAGAAAUGCAGCAGCUUCUUAUAAGGCAACAAGAUGAUGAACUGGAUGAGCUUUCUGCAAGUGUGGAGAGAAUUGGAGGAGUAGGGCUUACUAUACAUGAAGAACUUCUUGGACAGGAAAAGAUAAUUGAGGAAUUGAACUUGGAAAUGGACACUACUUCUAAUCGUCUUGAUUUUGUUCAGAAGAAGGUAGCUACGGUUAUAAAGAAGGCUGGUGCAAAGGGCCAGAUUAUGAUGAUAGUGUUUUUGGUGAUUCUAUUCUUCGUACUCUUUGUUUUGGUUUUCCUUACAUAGGCUACAGAAAUAAUGAAUCAGUUCACAAGGUUGGUUGUAUGCAAGUAGAAGGGAGCUUGGUAUGAGUAUAUUUCAAAUCUUAAGAUUGUUUGUAAAGUCUAAACGAAUUAUCGAUAAAUUGAUUGACAAUAUAGUUUGGUU